AUUUGGCUUUCCAUAUAGAAAGUGAAUUAUCAACAGCGCGAAAUAGAUUUCGUAUUUGGGAAUCUAAGAAAAUGCAAUGGCCUCUUCCAGGUCCAAAAAACAAGAACUAUCCCGGAAGAUCCUGUCCCGGGAUUACGGAAAGGAAGGAUAUAUGGAGGGGUCGAUUAUUCGGAUUAAAAUGAAGAAUUUUGUGACCUAUGACUGCUGUGAGGUGUAUCCAGGUCCCCAUUUGAACAUGAUCAUGGGUCCUAAUGGUACUGGCAAAUCCACCAUAGUGUGUGCCAUGUGCCUCGGUCUCAACGGCAACACUAAUCUUCUCGGCAGAGCCAAGGAUCUUGGUGAGUUUGUGAAGAGAGGAACCAACAGGGCAGAAAUUGAGAUAGAGCUGUACAACUCUAAGGGUCGUAACCACGUUAUCAGACGAGAGAUUCAGAAAAAUGGAAACCGCUCGGUUUUUACCAAGAACAACCUACCAAUAAAGAGCAAGGAAGUGACGCAGUUUGUUCGUGAACGGAAUAUUCAGAUCACCAACCUUUGUCAAUUUCUACCCCAGGAGAAAGUUGUUGAGUUCUCACAGAUGAAUAAUAUAGAGCUACUGGAACGUACAGAAGAGUCUAUCGGUUCGCAAGAGCUGUAUGACAACCAUCAGACCCUGAAGGACUGCCGCACCACUGAGAAAGACCUAGAACAACAGUUGAAAGACAAGUCUGACCAUCUUGAGAAGCUGAAGCAGCAGAAUGAGCGUGUUGAGAAGGACGUCCAGCGUUUUCAGGAAAGACAGAAGACAUUGGAGACCAUUGAGACGUUAGAGAAGAAGAGAGUCUGGAUGCAAUAUGAUGACAAGCGGGUUCUCUUCAUGAAAGUGAGAGAGGAGAAGAAGAAAGCCGAGGAGGGACUUACGCAAAGGAAACGUCGAGCUGAUCCUCUAGAAAAAGAACUACAAGCAGCUGUGAAAGCAUGCAAGCAGCUCGACCAGCAGAAGAAAAAUCUGUCACAAGGUAUCAGUGAGCAGGAGAAACUGAUAAAGAGUAAGAGAGAUGAGAUUGGAGAACAAACAGGCCAAAUUGCAGAAUUCCACGAGGAACUCAGAGACAAGAGGACACAGGAACAGAAAAGACUUAAAUCAAUUCAUGACUGGAAAGAGCAGGUAUCAGGAUUUCAGAGGGAAUUGGAACAUCUUGAACCAGAUGAAAAUAUCAAACCCCAACUGGAUGAAAAUCUUGCCGAGAUCAACAGGGUUUCUGAAGAGAAGACAACCAUAGAGAAACAAUGCAGCACGAUAGGAGAUGAAAGAAAAGCUUUAAAGAGAGAAAUCAAAGGCUAUCAGGACCGCCUAAAGAAGUUGAACGAUCUACGUGAUCAGAGACUACGCACCCUUCAAGGCAAGUCACCCGAUACCUACAACGCAGUUCUCUGGCUACGUUCCAAUCCUGACAAGUUCAAGAAGACUAUUCACGAACCCAUUGCUCUGGUGUUGAACAUUGCAAAUAAAGACCAUGCCAAGUUCAUUGAGAGAGCCAUACCCUUUCAGGAUAUGCUAGCGUUUGUGUGCGAGGAUGCCGAAGAUCAGGAGAGAUUCAUUAAUGAGAUCCGUGAAAGACAGAACCUCAGAGUGAGUGUUGUCAAGAGUCCUGCAGAGCCCUCUGAGAGUUAUGUUUCACCAAGACCUAUUCAACAAGUAGGGUUUGGAUUCUUUGCCUAUUUGAAGGACCUUGUGACCGCCCCGAAUGCGGUGAUGGCUUACCUGUGUAAGCUUCAUAAACUUCAUAACAUUCCACUCGGAGAUGAGAACACGGAACGCAAUGUUGCAAAGGUUAUCGAACAUGCUCAGCUAACCAAGUUUUACACCCCAGGAUACCAGUACAACAUCAAGCAGAGUCGCUAUGGUAACAAGAACAAGUCAUCACUGAGCAGUCAGGUUCAACCCGCAAAGUUACUCGGUCAGAGUAUGGUGGAUAUGAGAGAAAAAAGAGAGCUGGAAAUGCUUAUUCAGGAAAAGGAAAAACUUGUGCAGGAAGCCGAGCGGAGGUAUGCUGACCUUGAGAACCGACACAAGAGCUUGGAUGCCGAGCUUGACGAGAUCAAAGAGGCCAGAAAGCAACUCAAGAAGAGACAGAAUCAAAGAAGAACCAUCACUCAGAACAUCAAAGCAGUGAUUGACAAGAUCAAGAGGAAAGAGAGUAUGGCCAUUGACCUUGAAGAGGAGAAGAGAAAAGUAGAACAAAAGAUACAAGAAGUCAACAGGAAGAAGCUCACCCUCCUAAUAAUGAUUCAUGACUUCAACAAGGUCUGUCUUGAUAAGUCAAUGCAAAGGGUUUCAUUGAGUCUCCAACAGGUAGCAGCUGAGAAGGUCAGAAAGCAGUGUGAGGAUAACAUCAGUGACACCAAGAAUGAGAUUAACAUCCUUGAGACCCAAGUACAAGAAUUGACCGUUGAGACCGACCAAGUAAAGAAUGAUGCUAAACGGCUAUUGAAACUUGCAAGAGAAAAAACUGGCAGUGAAAAACCCUCGGACAAUCUGAAGAAACUGUUUGAGCAGUACCCUAACGACAUUGAUAUGGUGGAUGACAUGAUCUUCAGAGAGAAAGCACAAGCCGAUUGCCAGUUCGCUACGGAUGAAGGAGUCGUCAGAGAAUAUGAAAGGAGAAAGAAAGAAAUAAGAAUCGUUGAAGCGGAGGUGGUUAAGAAGAAAGAAGAGGUUGACCAUCACAAGGACAGGAUAGACGAGCUGAAAGAAUCCUGGUUACGAGAGCUCAGGGACCUGGUUCACAAUAUCAACGCCAAGUUCUCAGACUUCUUUAAAACCAUGGGAUGUGCCGGCGAAGUCAGCCUCUUCUGCCCAACUGAGGAGGAUUAUGAUAAAUAUGAGAUAAGGAUCAAAGUGAAAUUCCGUCGCAAUGAACAACUCCAGCUUUUGACCUCAACCUACCAGAGUGGUGGAGAGCGUAGUGUGGCUACCGUCCUCUAUCUGAUGGCCUUACAAGAUCUCAACAAGUGCCCCUUUAGGGUAGUGGAUGAGAUUAAUCAGGGUAUGGAUCCAAACAAUGAGAGGAAGGUGUUUGAGUUUGUGGUUGAGACGGCAUGCAGAGAGAAUACAUCCCAGUACUUCCUCAUCACGCCAAAGCUGCUACCAGACCUGAAGUAUGGACCCAGAAUGAAAGUUCUCUGUGUGUACAACUCCCACUGGAUGCUGUCUCACGAGAAAUGGAGCAUUCCAAAGUUCAUCCAGCGAAAGAAGAGACUGAACAAGGAGAACUGAUCCUCAUCCGGAACACUCGCUCCUUGUUGAAAGUUCUUUCUUCAUAUGAACUCAUAAUGUUUUGAAAGCCUGGGGCCGGGUUCAUAGAGACCUUAUGGCCCGAAUUCACUAAGGUGGUUUUGAAAACCCAUGGUUGAAUCCAUGGUUUAUGCAGAUUUCCUGUAAACAUU